AUGAUCGCGCUCUCCAUCGACAGCGUGCAGGACCACCUCUCCUGGUGCAAGGUAACAGCUCUGGGCGGCCUUCAGGGGGCAGCUGGCAAGCCCACGCAGGAACAUCCCAUGGCUUUGUCUCUGCAGGACAUCAAUGCCUACAACGGGGACCAGCCUGCAGAGAAGCUGCCCUUCCCCAUCAUUGCUGACAAGAACCGGGAGCUGGCUGUCAAGCUGGGCAUGCUGGACCCCGACGAGCUGGACAAGGAGGGGAUGCCCCUGACUGCUCGUGUGGUGUUCGUUUUUGGCCCGGAUAAGAAGCUGAAGCUCUCCAUCCUGUACCCAGCCACCACUGGGAGGAACUUUGAUGAGAUCCUGAGAGUGGUGGACUCCCUGCAGCUCACAGCAUACAAGAAGGUCGCUACCCCUGUGGACUGGAAGCCCGGUGACAGCGUCAUGGUCGUGCCCACCUUACCUGAGGAGGAAGCCAAGAAGCUCUUCCCCAAAGGAGUCUUCACCAAGGAGCUGCCCUCGGGCAAGAAGUACCUGCGCUACACCCCGCAGCCAGAGUGA